AAAAAAAAGCAGCUUUUCUGGACGACGACGACUCGCAGCAUCCCCUAAUUCUGCGUCAGCGCGCGUUCUGGCGGAUUGUCGGGAUUCUAGCGCUAAGCGUUCCUUUCCCAGGCUGAGAAGAAACGCGUGACCCGGCGGAGCACGCCCGCCCCCGCGCAGAGUUCACACAACCCAUUAUUCCUCAUCCAUCUCUAUCUCGGCUGCGCGCGCGCUCCUUUCUUACUGCCCGUCAGAGAGAGGAAAAAAGGGGGCGGUGCUUGAGCGUGGGCCGCAGGAAGGCGGCGUUGCUAGGCAGCGCGAACCUAAGCCGGAGGCUUGGGCGCUCGCUAAAAGGCCCCGCUCUGGGCAGAUUUCUUGCGGAAGGGCGCUGUUUGCAAUGGGAGCCGGCGGUGAAUUCAUCUCUCAGGCGUGGACAUUUAUUACAGGAAGGAGUAACCUGAAGGACAGAAAUGAAGCUGAGCAGUGAGCCUCUGCCUCAAAAAUGCAGCAAGGAAUCCAUUCUCCAGACUGUUUCAAAGAUCCAGAAUGGUGAACUGGAAGGACUGAAAUGGCUCAGCAACUCAGAGAAUUACACUCAUGAUUUUCUGCUUGCAAAGGCUGAGGAACAGUUGGAAAAACGGAUUCAAACUGGAGACCCUCUAGCAUGUUUUCUCAAAGGGCAGCUGUAUUUUGAAGAGGGAUGGUAUGAGGAAGCCUUACUGCAAUUUCAACAGAACACAGAUUUUCAGUCCAUGUAUCAGUUAGGUGUAAUGUAUUAUGAUGGAUUGGGGACCCCAGGAGAUCCUAAAAAAGGAGUGGAAUAUAUGGAGAAGAUUAUCAAUUCCGACUCCCCUAAAGCAAGACAUUUAAAGUUUGCUGCCGCAUUCAACCUUGGCAGAGCUUACUAUGAGGGAUGUGGAACUGUGAUUUCUGAGAAAGAGGCUGAACGAUUAUGGUAUUUUGCUGCAGACCAUGGGAACCCAAAGGCAAGCAUAAAGGCUCAAACUGCCCUUGGGAUGUUAUAUUCAGCACGGCACCCAAAAGAGCUGAAAAAGGCAUUCUUUUGGCAUUCAGAAGCCUGUGGGAAUGGAAGCCUGGAAUCUCAGGGCAUCCUUGGUCUUAUGUACCUUUAUGGACACGGUAUACGUCAGAAUUUAAAGGCUGCUCUGGAGUGUUUGAAUCAAGCAUCAGAUCGUGGAAAUGUCUAUGCUAAAGGUCAUUUAGUGGAGUAUUACUACAAAAGAAAAUUUUAUACAAAAGCUGCUGAGUUUGCCAAAAGAACCGUGGAGAAUGAUGAUGUUGAAAAGAUAGCAAAGGAAACAGAUUGCCUUCCGUUUUACAUUGCCAGAGGGCUUGCAAUGGCUUCCUUCUACUUAGCUAGAUGUCUUCAACUUGGCCUAGGAACACAACAAGAUUUAGCAGCAGCUAAAAGAUACUACUCUAAGGCAUGCAGACUGGACCCUGCAAUGGCUGCUGAUCUUGAAUUGACAGCUAAUCAUGGAAGGAUUUAGAACAACAUUUUGAUGAAGCUGAGCAAGUUCUAACAGUUUGACUUUAUAAUGGCUGACAAUUUUCAUUCAGCUUUUGAUAAAUCAUGACUGUAAACAAAAUUCAUUCUUCAGAUACACAGUUCUUUUAC